AAAAAACAUCUGGUGACUUGGUGAGUUUUGAAGUUCCAUAAACGCAACAUUGGUACGUCACAGCCUUCCGCGGGAAAUUCGCUACUUCUGCGUCCCCGCUCUGCUUAUAUGUCGCCUAAUCUUUCUUCUUUACAUUAAAAACUUUACAACAGCCCUGUGUUACCCUCAGGUGGCUAAAACGUUAAUCUUAGUGGUCGUUGUUGGUGAACUCUACAUUGAAAAUGUCAAAGAAGAAAGGACUAAGUCUGGAGGAGAAGAGAACUCGCAUGAUGGAGAUUUUCUUUGACUCUAAAGAUGUGUUUCAGCUGAAAGACAUUGAGAAGAUUGCCCCCAAGUCAAAAGGCAUAGCUCCCAUGACUGUGAAGGAAGUGCUGCAGAGCCUUGUCGAUGACAACAUGGUGGACUGUGAGAGAGUAGGUACAUCCAACUAUUACUGGGCCUUUCCCAGUAAAGCCUUACACGCUCGCAACCACAAACUGGAGGAGCUGCAAAAACAGAUUUCUGAAGCAAAGCAGCGGAAAACAUCUCUAGAGAAAGCGGUCGAAAAAGCGAAAGUGGGGCGCCAGGAUACAAAGGAAAGAAGUUCUCUGCUGAAGGAGCUGCAGGCUCUGAGAGAGGAGCGUACACAGCUGCAGGCCGAGCUGGAGAAGUACAGAGAGUGUGACCCUGAGGUCAUCGAGGAGAUGAAAAAAUCAAAUGUUAUAGCAAAAGAAGCUGUUUCCAGAUGGACAGACAAUGUUUUUGCCAUAAAGUCGUGGACAAAGAAGAAGUUUGCCUUUGAUAACAGCCGCAUUGAUAAAGCCUUUGGUAUCCCGGAGGAUUUUGACUACAUGGACUGACUGCCAGCAUGUCACGGACGCAGCGAUGGAGUAAUGUGUUUCGACCUCUGACACCUACCUACCUGGUCUCUGCAUUUCUAAUUCCUGUGCUGUGGGUUUCAGUGAAAAUAAAAGCACCAGGCGCUCCACUCGCGCCCUCGGGUGGAUUUUGAAUAAGGACAGAUGUCAGUGACUUUGCGGUGGCAGAUGGACUUCAUCUGUGGAUAUGUUACUUUGGUGCAACCAGAGAAGAGUCUGAAACGCCAUUAGUGGCUGUGAGGGCUGACAGGGUCCUGUGAUGAGCACAAGCUAGCAGCCAAAGUUUUGGGACACCUGUUAGCAUGAAAACUGAGAGCUCCGAGUAGAUGAUGGAAAGGAAUCGACACUUACUGCAUUUGUGUUGCCAGUGGUCGCAUUUGUAUGGUUUAAACAGAUGGUUUGGAAUCAAAUGCUUGUGCACUUUUUCUUAGAUAUGUUCCUUUUCUCUCUCCCUCCCUGGAGUAUUACAGGGCAUGCUUUCCUAGUUGUAUUAUAAUUACAAAGGUCAGUGUCAAGUUAUCUUUGAUGUUUUUGUUUCUUUUAUAAUCGUCACUGGAAUUUCACAAAAGCGGCCCUGAAAUUUUAGGGUUUUUUUGUUUUGUUUUUUUGUUGUUUUUUUCAGGACUCACUUGCUGGAUGAUCAAAAAAGAUCAUUGCUGUCACAACAUGUCUAGAAUGACUAUUGACCUUCUUUUUUUGCUCCUUUUUUCUGUCAAACCAGAUGCAAAAUAGGCAGUUGUGUGUCUUGUUUACUCUGUGACCUAGUUGAGAAGGCCAAUGUGUCUGGGUUCUUUGAUUUAAAUUUCAAAUGAGCUCUGUGCUCAUUUUGCUUUGCUCAUCAGUUUCAUUUAUAUUCCAGUAAAUGAAUGACAUGCAAAUGUAA